AUGGCGUCUCGAGGGAAAGCGGAAACAGAACAACUUAAAAAACGGCUAGAAGAGCAGCUAGAUCGUUUAAUGGCUCAACUAUCUGAUCUUGAGGAAUGUCGGGAAGAUUUAGAUGAAGAUGAGUAUGAAGUGACCAAGAAGGAAACGUAUGAACAAUUAAGCGAAUUUAAUGAUUCACUAAAGCGAAUUGCCGGUGGCAAUAUGACAUUAGUUGAUGAUUUAAAUGGAAUGCAAUUGGCUAUACAAGCUGCAAUUAGUGAAGCCUUUAAGACACCUGAAGUGAUACGACUUUUUGCAAAGAAACAGCCUGGACAGCUAAGGAAUAGACUUGCUGAGAUAGAACGCGAUGGCAAAAUUGGGAAAUUGGCUGUCGAUGUGUACAAACAGCAGAAGCUUGAGAUACUGACAGCUUUAAAAAAAUUAGGAGAUAAGCUAUCCCCAGAAGAAAGUGCUUUCCUUGCAGAUAAUGCGACGGCGUCAUUAAAUCAAUUUGAGCAAGUUUCUGGAGAUAUUGGAACAACUGAAAAUGUAUUAGCGGUUGCUGGUUCGCAAGUUAGUGAAGCUCGUAAGUAG